AUGACAAUCUUCUCGAGCCUGGGUGAUGUGUCCGCACGGGCCAAAACACCAUCAAGGAACUUUCUUUCGCUGGUGGUCAUCGCGUCCUUAGCAACAGCAGCAUCAACGCCGUCAGCUCUGCCUUACGUCCCGACGACCAUCUUACUCCCCGGUUCCUCUGGCUUCAGUCCGCCCGCCCAGAGCAACCAGGACAAAGUAGCCUAUAUCUUCCACCCAACCUCGGAGAGCUCUGUUGAUUUUCUGGCCCUCGACAUCUCAUCCACACUUUCAGUCUCGUCCCUCCGCCUGGAGACACUGAAUUCUGGCCUACCCUUCCUCAAGCAGGGCAAUAAAACGACGACUUUCACGCCCUCGCUACUCAGCAACCAAACCGUUGCCGCAUAUGUGGGAGACUGUGCCUCCCAGUCCGGCGCCCCGGCUGUUUGGACGGCCCCGCUGCCCGACUCUGUUUCUCGCAAAGAUGAGAUCACAUGGGACUACGACGGAGCCCCGGAUGCCGCCGACGCGACUUUUGUGCAUUCCGGUAAAGGGCCCAUGUUCCUAGGGGGCACCAUGAGCUUUUCUGCUCAGCUUUCUCCAACGGUGUCACCACCGUCUGUUUACUAUUAUGGUGGCAUGUGUCCUUUCACAAACCAAUCUGGAACUGACUGGACCAAGAGCGCCACAUACUCGAACCAAAUGCUUAAGCUUGGCCUCCCGGCAGAUAAUGCUUUUAACAUAAGUCCUAUCGUCACCACCGGCCGCUCGCCAGGUGCCCAAGCUGGUUUCACUCUCACCUCAUUGUCACCCUCCAUCUCUAAUCGCGGUGAUGUGGUCACGCAGCAGCUCGACAGCGUCGUCCUGGGGGGCCAUAGCGCCCUUGGUUACAUCAACAUGGGAGAGGCUGCCAUCUGGAGCGUUCCCCAAGAAACGUGGAAACUCAUCAAGAUACAGCAGCCCAAUGCCGGUAGGACCGAGCUUGCGGUCAAGAAAGACGAGCUCCCCGACCAGGUCGAAAGCCGGUCUGGCCACACCACAGUCUUGAGCGCGGAUGGGAGCAAGCUUAUCGUCCUGGGCGGCUGGGUCGGCGAUAUAAGCAGAGCCGCUCUCCCACAGCUUGCCAUAGUGGAAGUUAGUGCCGACUUCAGCGAGUGGAAGUGGACAAUUCCUGCAGAACAGCCCAACGGGCAGGCUAUAUUCGGUCACGGCGCUGCCGUCCUGCCAGGUAACAUAAUGAUGGUAUAUGGCGGCUACUCGAUCGCAUCAGAAGCCCAAGAUUCGACUUCCUCCCGACUCAAGCCAAGGCAGGCAGGGGGAAGCGGCGAAAUACCAAUGUUCCUCAAUAUCAGCUCAAUGACCUGGUCGAACGAGUAUACUAACCCUGAACGCUCCACGAGCUCGGGCAAUGAACAAGGCAGUGCACACGAAGUAAGGAAAAGUAACCUUGGACUGAGUCUGGGCCUGGGUCUAGGUCUGGGUUUAGGUCUCAUCGCCCUUGCUGUCGCCGGAUACUUUCUCUGGCGAAAGCGCCAGCGCAACCGCCGUCGCGACUCAGCCGUCCGUGCGCUGGCCCAAGAUGCUAGCAUGUUCCUUCCGCCGGGCGACAUGAUGGAGCGUGACGAUGCCAGCUUGAAUAGGGGCUGGAACUCGACACAGGCCUACGAAUGGUACACAGGUGGCGCUGACCCGUUCCAGCGAGCCGACAGGACCCGUCUUACUUCGCAUGCUGUGGGCUACGAAAGCUUGCGCGGGGCAUCGGGACCGGGAGGCUUCUCCGCAUCGACACAAAAGGCAGUGACGCGCAAGCCAGUUGGUUCAAGGAGUCUAGGUGGUCACCUUUAUAUGCCACCUCCGCUCGACUUGAGCCCUCGGAGCCGGGGAGCGACCGAAAUGAAUGUGAUCCACGAGGCAGAUGAAGAGGUUGAGGCUUCUAUCGCAGAACCACCAGCCACAAGUGCUGUUGUGGUUCAGACAAGACCGAUUUCCCAGGAGAGCGAUCCAUUCCUGACACCGACGACUCCCAACGGGUUCAAUGUAGCGUGGAGGCAGGAAGAGUCACCCAGGUCAUCCACAGGGCCAGGUUACACCCCAGAUGUCCAGCAAUGGGUGCAGGAGGCCGAAGAGAUAGAUGCCGAAGUUACUGCCCGCAUUCCAUCACUGAGAUCGAUGCCGCACACUACCACUAUCACAACAUCUGUACCGCUUCAAGAUUCCCGCCCGAGCAGCCGCUCGCCGACUCAAAGAAGCCCGUUAUCUCGUGCGUCAGAUGGCGGAAACGAGCCGCCUUCAGCUAACCUUGCGGACCAAGGGGUCAUUCAAAGCUUGUCCAGGUCCGGAUCCAUCAGGUCUCCCCCGGAUCUCACGCGCGGUGUCACAGGCACCCUGGUCACCCCGGUCGGCAAUGGCAACGAAGACAAAAUUCAGGAGAGAAGCUCGGGAGAAAGCAGCGGUGAAAUGGCAUACAAGACAGCGAAUUCAAGCUUCUCGGCCCUGCAGGCAGAGGGACCGGCGCUUCUCACCGGCAGUUCCGCAGCAGCAGCAGCAGGUAGCAUCAACAGUAACCACAGAAGAAGCCUGAUUGGCGGAACCUCACCUUCACAAGACGAAGAUGACUACGAGUUUCAGCAGGGAAGCCCCAGCAAAAUGAAGAGACGCGCGUCAUGGUUUGGCCUCGGCACCCUGGGCAGCCUGCGGAGGGCCGUCAGCUCCUCAGGACGUAGAGAUUCUUCCUCCGAUGCGGCAGCCAGGGGCGGAGGCGGCAAGACGAGCAGUUCCGAGUGUGGAGUCUGCCAGGAUCCCAGUCACUGCGGCGCCGGCACCGUGUCGCGCCGCCGCAGACAGGGCCGGGGAGCGUGGGAGGUGGAUGCCUCUGGAAGCGGCCAAUAUCGGGGCAGCAGCACGCCGCCGCGCCGGCUGUCUUACAGGCUCGACGAGGACGAGGAGGACGAUUGGGACAUUGAGAAGGCCUCGGAGCGACGUUCAGUGCAAUACGCGUUUACGGUGCCUAGGGAGCCCCUGCGUGUAGUCAAUGUCGAUGUUCAGAGGGCGAGUUUUGAUACCACAGCUCAGGAAGAGCGUGGAGAAGGCCGAACAGAACCACAGGCAACGACAGAUGUCGAAUUGGACAAGGUUGAUCAUCCUAACUCCAACAGAGAGAACGGGAGAACCGAAGAGUCUAUUCGGAUGGGCAGCCGAGAAGAUGAUAUAUUUUUAAGCGACGCGGGUGGCCCAUCGAGCAGAGUGAGAGUGCCUUCAGGAUCAGGAUCGACGCCAAUCGUAUGUGAACCGCAAAUUAUGGGUUUCCCCCCGGGAAUGUCCACGGGUGGAGACAAUGGACAGGACGAGGAUCAUCUCCAGGUGCCAACUCCUAGGACUCCAACGUUCCCAAGAGACGGCGAGAAUGACGACAGGAACGCAGAAGGCCUGGAAUCCGAUGGCCUGUCUCCGCGUCAUCAGUCCGACAGGCGCUCAUUCGAAUCCCGGAUGUCGGUCGACUCGUCGGCCAACCACGUCAUCGGACUGGCGCAGGCCGUCAGCCUGACGAGGAGCUCAGCCUUGCCUACGCCACGGCCUUCACCGCCGACGAGGGUCAUGGAGAUGGUGGGCCGAAUCGAGGAGGAGGAGCAAAGGGGCGAGAGCCGCCAAAGCUCCCCUGCCCGCAGUACACAGAUGAGGAAAUGA